GUGCAUAUGGGACAUUUCUGAGAUCUUUUGGUUCAGCUCAUGAAACAAACACUUUAUGUUGCGUUUUUAUUUUUGGAGUCUAUGUGUCCUGUUUAACUUCGAUUCCCAGAAAGCAUUGCUAGCAUUUCACUGCUCAUGGCAUCAAGCUUUGUGGGACCAGCUUAAGUGACUUCAGUUGCGACACGGUGAAGCAGCUGCUGUAGGAGGAGAGAUCUUUCCCUACUCUCUCGGACAGUCGUUCAUUUGUUUGUGAUUUCUAGUUUGCUUUGACUAUAAACAUUUCCGUUGCUCAAAUCUGGCUUUGAGUCAAUGAGGAAGCGUUACGUUGCCCUCCAGGAGAAGAUCAACAACAGAUUCGCGAGAAAUGCUAGCAAGCUAGCUUUGGGUUGGUUGUAAAGCGAGAGAUUUAUGGGUUUGUUCGAUCACAGUGGAAGAGAACUGAACGUAAUAACAGCGGAUAAUUGUUGAGACUUUGUGGGGAAACGAGUGAACAAUCAAACGGUUUCUGCGAGGGUGAUUUAAGUAGCUAGCUAGCUACAUUUUACAUGAAAAGCUAUAGUUAGGUAUAUUAAACGGAUCGUCGCGGAAUAUGGCUCAGCAUGGACAUCAUCAUGUAGCCAGUUCCCAAAAAGCACUCAUGCUAGAAAUGAAAAGUCUUCAAGAGGAGCCAGUUGAAGGGUUCAGGAUAACUUUAGUGGACGAAUCGGACUUGUACAACUGGGAAGUUGCUAUAUUUGGACCCCCAAAUACUCACUAUGAGGGAGGUUAUUUUAAGGCUCGGAUCAAGUUCCCCAUCGACUAUCCCUACUCUCCUCCGGCCUUCCGCUUCCUCACCAAGAUGUGGCACCCCAACAUCUAUGAGAAUGGGGACGUGUGCAUCUCCAUCCUGCACCCCCCUGUGGACGACCCCCAGAGUGGAGAACUGGCUUCUGAGAGAUGGAACCCCACGCAGAACGUCAGGACGAUCCUGCUGAGUGUGAUCUCUCUGCUCAACGAGCCCAACACCUUCUCCCCAGCCAACGUGGACGCCUCCGUCAUGUACCGCAAGUGGAGAGACAGCAAGGGCAAGGACAGAGAGUACGCAGAGAUCAUCAGGAAGCAGGUCCACGCCACCAAAGCCGACGCUGAGCGCGACGGUGUGAAGGUGCCCACAACCCUGGCAGAGUAUUGCGUCCGCACCCGCGCCCCGCCCCCCGAUGAGGGCUCCAACCUCUUCUACGACGAUUACUAUGACGACGAGGACCUGGAGGACGAAGAUGAGGAUGACGAGGACUGCUGCUACGACGAAGAUGACUCGGGAACCGAGGAGUCCUGACGACCCACCAUCGCCUCACUACCCCUUCCUCUCCCCUGUCAGCACCCCCUUAAACUGAACUCAUACUCUACCCCCCCACAGCAGUGCAGCCACACCUGCACGCUAAAUCCAGAUGCAUUUUGAAAGAAAGCUACAGAUUUAGGUUGUCCAUUUUGUUUCUGGUGUUUUUAUUUUCCUGUCUGUGGAGUGUUAGAGCUAAUGCUAGCUCUACAAAUGAUUCCCAUGGUUAGCUCUCAAUGACCGCUUGCUUUUUAAAGUUUUGGGUAAGGGCUCUGUCUCCUGUAGAGUGUGUAUCCAGACACCGAGGCAGUGUGGAGAGAGAGAGGCCUGAGAUAGUAGUGUUCAUCUGAACUUGGUGACCUCUCACCUGGUUGACAGCCUUGUGAUGCCGGCCAGCCUGCCUGUCACAUGACGCUUUCUGAGGUUAAGGGGACCCCUGACAUUUCACUAUUGGGUCUGGGGUUGCUCACAACUGUCUGCCACUGUCUACCUAGCUCCAGAGUCUAGUUUUACUGUAUGAAUUAGUGGUUUGUAAUGAUACGAGCGUAUUGCAGACAGUUGAUGUUCUGAUGCUGGUGUACUCUUUUGGAGACCUCAUACAUUUGAAUCAUUUAGCAGACACUAUUAUCCACUGUUUUUUAUUUAACUAGGCAAGUCCGUUUAGAACACAUUCUUAUUUACAAUGACGGCCUAGGAACAGUGGGUUAACUGCCUUGUUCAGGGCCAGAAUGACAGAUUUUUACCUUGUCAGCUCGGGGAUUUGGUCUUGCAACCUUUUGGUUACUAGUCCAAUGCUCUAACCACUAGGCUACCUGUGACUUAGUGCAUUCAUCUUAACAUAGCUAGGUGGCACCACCACAUCUCAGUCAUAGUAAGUACAUUUUCCUCAAUAAAGUAGCCAAGUCUGUGCUAGACACCCAUUUGUUUUAUAUAUAUAUAUUGUUGGGGUGAGGAGUAUGGGCAGGGACUCUGCUGUCAAAGCUUCAAAGGGAAGCUGGUUCCAACAUUGGGGUCCAGGACAAAGAAGAGCUUUGACUAUAGGGGUGGGAGGGCCAAAAAAACAGAGGUGUAGGGUUUGAGUAUAGCCUGAAGGUAGGGAGGGGCACUUCCUCUUGCUGCGCCAUAGGCAAGUACAGAAAGGCAGUGAUCUGAGCUGGGGGGGGGGGGGGGGGCAGCUCCUAACUCUGAUCACUACCUCGUGGAAUUCAUCACCACUGACCACUUAAAGAUGGGAGUUGAGGAAUAAUUGUCUCAAUGUGUGUAUAUGCAUGUUUGGGUGGUGGGUCAUUAUUUUAUUCAAAUGUAGUGCAGGAAUGCUUUGCUACGAGAACAUGUUUGUAUUAAAUCAACAACAGUCCCUAUGGCAAGUCUGUAACAGUGAUGUCUUGCACAUAAGCGAUUUUGAAUUGGCUGAUUUGCUUAAACUCCUCAGUCACUUUACCAAACAUAUGUCUGUAGAAGUGUUCGCAACGGAAGUGGCUCCAUCACAAAGGAUUUGACACAUUAAAUACAAACUAUUUAACAGUAUUUAACACAACCCCACGUUUGUGUUGCUUCAGUAGUGCAUAAAUGCUCAUUCAUCGUUACGCCUUGACUAUUUGAUGGGACGUUUGAGAGAAGCGCAUUUCCCAUUGUAAGAAUGCUAGGGAUGUUGAGUUUUAGGUCAUACAGCCAUUCCACUAGCAUGCCAGUGUCCGGCUCAGUAUGGGGCUGUAGGAAGACACUUGAUUCCCAUAUACUCCAUUAUAACUAAGUUGAGUGGGCUUCUUUUGAUGUCGUCUUCUACUUCAAAAUGAGUAAGGUGAGAGCAACUGUUUUUUUCCCCUUACAUGUACUUAGUGAUCUGGUUCUUGACCUUUUGUUUUAAACACCAUAUCAUGGGGGUUAUUCAUUAGACUUAGUAGUACAUUUACCACCAUUUUAUAUUUUUUCAAUUCAGAAACAUUUAGGUAUUCUACUGUAUUUUUCCAAUCAAGGACAAUAGGUGAUUUUACUGGGGGAAAAAUGUACUCUUUGUGUUAAAAUCUUGAGUAUAAAGCAUGUGUACAUCAAUCUAAUCAGGAAUUCUUAACUGUUUUUACAUUCUACAUAUGGCUGUUGCGUUUCGUGAACCACCCCCCAUUUUGUUUUAAGGAAGUGGGAUUUCAUUUUGUGAAGUUGCCAUUUUCAUCAUCUACUGUGUGUUUCCUCCCAAUAUGCUACCUUCCUUCCCAUUCAUACAGACUUUCUUUUUGGUCGUUGCAUCACCGAGGGACCCCCGAUGUUAGUAAGGAAAACAAAACUACAAACUUUUUCACAUCGAAGUGAAUCUGACCACAGCCUCUCACUGUGUGUUGGACAACUGUCCCCCCCAACCUAUCACCUCUGCUUCAAAGACUGUAUACAAUCUGGAUAUUUUGACGAUCACUUGUUUUAUUUUCUUGUUUGUAUUUUUUAUUUUAUUUUUGGUUUGUAAAUCUAUUUAAAACCAAAAUAAAGAUCUUUCUUAGA